GUCAACUGUGAAUUUGUUUCAAAAGUAGGCUAAUGAAUGUGCACCGAAAAGAGCUUGUAAAACAAUUAACAAAAACUGAAGCACCCGCUUCAAUAACGAAAUUUCGUGCCUCCACGAUGGUUCGGGUCCUCCUGCUAGCGUUAUUGGUCUUGAGCUCCUGGGAAACCAGACGGGUCAGCUCGCACGAGGAAUCGGGGGUAUGGAGUUGCGAGUCAAAGUCGGAAAUUCGAGUCCAAGCGGAUUUCAGACCCGGAGUCAUCACCCUUGAUGGACAUGCCGAUGAUUGGAAGGACAUUGAUGGGUUCGAGUUCUCUCUCCUACCUGCUCUUGACCCAGAUCAGGACCAUGAGUACAAAGAUGGAAAAAUGACAGUGAAGGCUUUACAUGAUGGAAAUGAUGUCUUCUUCUUGUUGCGAGUUGAUGGGGACUAUGCCUUCUCCAAAGGGGACAGCAGCAAAUGCCCAUCUGUAGCUCUUAUGUUUCAAAUUGGGGAUGAUGCGACCUAUCAUGAUAUGGGUGGCUGUAAAGAACAAAGGGGCUCUUGCACCAACAGGACUUGCAAAGGCCAUGAAGUUGACAUUAUGCACUUCUCUAUUGGAAACGCUAUACCUGGAAGGCUUUAUGGUGGCAACCCAAUAGAUAACACAGAUGGAAAUGGAGGUGAUAGGUUUGGUCAUUUGGUUGAUGCAUAUGCUUGGAACCCGCACUGUAGAUACCUUGAUGGAUUGGGUCCGUCUGGAAAUGAUUCUAGUGCACAGAAUAGCUGGAAAGGGGCAUGGUGGCACAGUAGCUUAACAGUUCUUUCAGGUUUUGUGGAGGAAGACAGUCCUUAUUCCACAGGAGGUCAGAAGGGAACGUAUUAUUUUGAAUUUUCUAGGCCUUUGAGAACCAUGGAUCGUCUUCAACAGGAUGUUCAGUUCACAAUUGGCGGAUCAAGCAAGAUGUCUGCCGCAUUCUGGUUUCCGGUUAAUGGGAAUCCGUGGGUUGGAUCUGGACACUAUACUAUUAACUGCGAUUGGGUGCCAUUGGAUGUUGAUUCAGGUGGUUCUAUCCUAACCAAGUCUUCACCAAACAGCUCCUGGGAUGCGACCAGCGCCUUCAACCUUCUAUUCUCGAUAGCAGCUCUCUGUAUAGCCAUAUUUGUGGCAUGUAAGGUUUCUAGACCCAAGGGUGUCCCAUUUACACCAAUGGAAAAUCUUUAGAUAGCUAUACAGGUCUGCCAUUAUCAAUAAUUGACUUGGAGCUCGUCAUACAUGUCAGGCAUUGUACUAUUGCUUGAAUUUGUACUGCGUAGCUUUGUACUUUGAACAGU